CUUGGCACCUAUUACCACUCGGCAAAAGCACCUCUCACCACUCAGAUUCUUUGCCUUCCCCUCAUCACUCAACAUCUAUGCCUUCCCCUCACCACUUGGCAGUUGAAGAAGGAGCUGGCAUCACUAGACAAAGCAUGCUUGCCACUCGGCAAGCUAGCUCGUGCCACCCGACAAAGCUAGCCUGCCACUCGGCAAAGGCAAGCCUCUGCCACUUAGUAAGGGCAAGCCAAGGCCACUCGACAAGAGUAAGAGGGAAGCUUCUUCAUGCCACUUGGCAAGGCCAAGGGUUUGGGCAAGACCUCUCUCGUCCACACUUGGCACUAAAGGCAACUAAAGUUGAGUUUUACUCAGUGAAGGAUCAACUAAGGAUCUCUAAUCCUAAUCAUAUACCACUCCAAAUAUUUAGGAGCUGA